ACUUGAAUGAAGUGGUCGAUCUGGCAACUGUUAAUAUACUCACGUGGAUUUCACUAACAAAGAUACGAUAUUGAUUCAAAUUGACAAUGGCUUUGAAAAGAUUGAGAACUAAAAAGUCUAAACGACUUUCUGGACGCCUAAAACAUAAAAUUGGAAAGAAAGUGCGAGAACACAACAGAAAAAUUCGCCGCGAGACAAAACGAAAUCCUAGAACCGGGAGCAAAAAGCAAAAACUUAUUCAAAUACCUAACAUUUGCCCAUUUAAAGAAGAUAUCUUAAAGGAAGUAGAAGAAUCGAAAAAGCGUGUUGAAGAGAAUAAAAUGCGACGUCGUGAAGCAUUUAAACAUCAAAAGAAGGAAAAUAAAUUCAAAAGCCUUGAAGACUUAGUUCUGGAUGCGACUACUAGAAGUGAAGUUCAUACAUCUACUCAAGUGGACAAUGUGGUUGCCGAGAAAGAGUAUAGUCCAGCUAUAAGCAAAGAACAGUCCCUUAAGCAAUACUUCAAGGAAUUCAAAAAAGUAAUUCAAAAUGCUGACGUCGUUUUAGAAGUGGUAGAUGCACGCGAUCCUUUGGGAACUCGGUGCAAAGAGGUCGAACGAGCUGUACGCUCUUUAUCGAUUAAUAAGCGUCUAGUGUUAAUAUUAAACAAAGCUGAUUUGGUGCCACGUGAAAACCUCAAUAGCUGGAUUAGAUAUUUUCGGCGAUUUGGUCCGGUUACUGCUUUUAAAGCCUCAACGCAAGAUCAAAUAUCUAAAUUAGGUCGACGGAAAUUAAAGCAAACUAAAACAGAUAAGGCUAUGCAAGGAUCUGUGUGUGUGGGAGCUGAAUUACUAAUGUCGAUGCUUGCAAAUUAUUGUCGCAAUAAAGGUAUUAAAACCUCAAUACGCGUGGGUGUUGUAGGAAUACCAAACGUUGGAAAAAGUUCUAUAAUAAAUUCUUUGACUCGCGGCAAAACGUGCUCUGUUGGUUGCACUCCGGGUGUUACAAAAGUCAUGCAGGAAGUUGAACUUGAUUCAAAUAUAAAACUAAUUGAUUGCCCAGGUAUUGUUUUUACAAAUCCAGCAAAAGAGAGUUCUGAAGUAGUCGUUUUAAAAAAUGUUCAACGUGUUGGUGACAUUAAAGAUCCUUUUACAGUUGCUGAGAGUGUGUUAAAGCGCGCCAGUAAACAAUACUUUUGUAAGCUUUAUGAUAUUUCAGAGUAUGAUAGUUUUGAAGAAUUUUUUGCUAAAAAGGCUUCACGAAUGGGUAAAUUUUUAAGAAAAGGUGUACCAGACGUUGUUGCAGCUGCACGCAGUGUUCUUAAUGAUUGGAAUAGUGGUAAAAUUAAAUAUUGUACUCAACCUCCUGAAACAGAGCAAAGAGAUGAUGUCCAUGUUAGUGCUGCCAUAGUUCACUCUGAUGCUCGCGAAUUUGAUGUUGAUAAUUUCGAUGCGAUGGAGAUGGAAAUUCUCAACAAAUGUAUUGUAAAAAAUGAGGAAGUAUUAGAAGUAAUUUCAAGUGGACCUGUGGAAAUGAAAAUGUCCUUUGAUUAUAUUGAUACGAAAAAGCCUGCAGAUCCCGUAGUGAAUGAAAGCAAAAUUCCUAAUAAAAAAAGAAAGAUAAUGGAUGCAAACGAUACCUCGACAGUGGAUAUCGUAAUGAAUUUAGAAGGUAAUCAGUCAUUGAAUAAAAAUAUGAAGGAUCAAAUCAGAAAGAGAAAAAAACAGAAUGUACGCAACGAAAAGAAAAUUUCUAAACUAACCGAUGUUCUGGAUGGAUUCAGCUUGGAGACGAGUACCGAUAACAAAUAUGAUUUCAACAAGGAUUACUUAAUUGAAUAAACAAGUAGAUAUCCUAUUAUAUGUAGAACGUAUAAUAACGCCAAUACAUUUCAAUAAUUCGUAUGUCGGUUAAUUAUGUGGCUUGAAUUUGAGCUUGAGCCAACUCAAACAGUUAUCCCAGAAAUACAGAAAUAUUGUGUCUGUAAAUAUGUAUCAAUGAUAUGCUUGUUAUCUAAUGUUGAAAAUAUAUUAAAACAAAUAUUGUACAUUCAUAUAUGUAUGUCAUA